AUGUCUUGCUUAAACGGUCCGGUGAGGCAAUUCUACAGCCCGAAGCCCGUGACAAUGGAUAUGCCCAAAAAACACCGAAUGCAACUGGUGGCCGUUGCAGCAAUAGCAUUGGGCCUGCGACUGUACAACAUCAGCUCUCCUCAGGUCCUGGUUCCCGAGGAAUCCAAAAUUCACGACUCCGUGUCAAACUACCAGUCUGGCAGUUUUUUCCUCGCUCCUGAUCCACCGCUGCCGGGGCUGAUCUACGCGGCUAUCGUGUUCCUUGGCCGCGGAAGUGUAUCUUGGACUCUGCUUCGAUCGCUGAGCGCACUUUUCGGAACAGCUACGGUGCUGCUCACGUACAAAACUUUGCAAGCGUGUCGAGUCAGUCACAAAAUCGCACUUUCCGGUGCUCUUCUGGUGGCCUUUGACAACUCGUUUGUGCAGGAGUCCAGACUGGCCACUGGAAUCUCACCAACGCUGUUUUUCUUCAGUCUAGCCAUAGCCCUGACCAAGACGCUGGACGGGAGCCCGAGCAAAAAACGCAAAGUUGCAGCGCUUCUGGGCAGCUCGAUAGCACUAGGAUGUCUGGUGGCUUCUAAUUGGAUAGGCCUGGCCACCGCAGCGUGGAUGGCGGUGGUUUUUGUCAGAAGUAUAUGGCUUCAGGUUGGCGAUCUAACGAUGAGGCCAAGGACUAUAGUCAAGGACGCACUGAUCAGAACCAAGUUCUGGCUUAUUAUUCCGGUGUUGGUCUACGUUUCUGUGUUUGCAGUGCAUCUGCGGCUGCUUCCAAACCCCGGCCCCGGUGCCUCGUCGUUGUCGCCUCAUUUCCAGCACCAGCUUACUUCUGCUCCGCCCUAUAUCGCGGACAUUUCGUACGGCUCCUCGGUCUCGCUUCGCAGUUUCUACACGGGCAAGUACCUGCACUCUGAGAGCAGCAACUACCCGAAAUCGGGCAACCAGCGGGUCACUGCCUCGGAAACCGACUCUGACGGAAAUCUAUGGUUUGUCGAGCAACGCGUGAAAGCCAACUUGGGCGAGCUGGUGCGCAAAGCCAAGUACAUCGAAACAGGCAGGCAAAUCCGCCUCUUCCACAACGCUACCCAAAGAUACUUAUACAUCAACGCAGACGAAAAGCCGCCGCUUUCAGAGACAGACUACAACAAGGAGGUCGGCACCAUUGGCAAUCUGUCGUGGAGCGGAGAGAACUGGCUCAACUUUGAGCUCCGGCCGGCUGUCGAGUACUCCACCGAGCUCGGCUCGAAGCGAUUUAGAGCUGUCGAGUCUGUUUUCCAGAUCUUCAACGUGAAAAACAAGUGUUUUGUGAUGGCUACCGAGAACGCGUUGCCAAAAUGGGCAGACAGACACGACGAGGUCAUCUGUAUCGAGAAGCCAAACUAUAUACGGUCGUUGUGGUACUUUGACAGGAACAUCCAUCCAAAGCUAGAAGGAACACCCGUGGAGUAUAGAAAUCUCACGUUCUGGAACAAGCUGGAGGAAGUGCACGUACACAUGAGACGACUCGGGGCAAAACUGCCCAAAUGGCAGCUCCAAGACUUAAAACCGUUGCAAUGGCCUUUUUUGGAAACAAAGACUCUUCUCUGGAAAAACGGCAGCGACGAGAUCUGGUCCACUGGCAACCCGGUGGUCUACUGGCCUGCGAUAAUGGUUGUGAUCGGCUUCGCCAGUUUCAAGGCACUGCAGUUGGUCACCACCAAUCCGUACAAGCCUGCAAAAUGGCUACCGGACGCCAUCGAAUUCGACCACCAUGCUACGGAUUUCCUAUUUGGCUUUGUGCUCCACUUCGCCCCGUUUGUCAUGUCGCGUCACAAAUGCGGCCCGGAAAACUAUCUUUUCGCGUUAUAUUUUGGAGUCCUGCUCUUUUGCCAGUGGCUCAACUAUCUCCAGGUCGACAAAGCACUGGCUGUGCUUGUUUCGUGUCUGGUGAUUGCAUAUAGGUCUUUGUAA